UCCGGAUCCCUGAGUCGGGUCAGUUCCGACCAGCCCAUCACUAGCUGCUCCGUACAUCACAUGCACGUUUCUGUAAGCAUCCCAACAAAUAAAGUAGUGACUGGUAGUGACAAUGAUUAUUAUUGUCUUGAAACGUUGCAGAGAAAGUUGAAUAAAAAUCCUUGAAAAUCCUGGAUGUAACUUAACCUGUGUGUGCGCCGAUCAGUCAUUAGGAUAUUAAGCUUAUUAAGCAUAUUAAGCUAUUCAGGAUGGGGGCUGCAGCCAGUACUGCUACAAACAAUGAUGAGCUCGUUGAUAAUCUCAUAGAUGCUGAUUACAUUAUCAGGCCAAUAAUUGAGAGGGUCUUCCGAGCAGUAGACCGAGCUGAGUACUUUCUUCCAGACGCGUUGGACACUGCUUACAAAGACCAAGCAUGGAAAAAGGGAAAUUUGCAUAUUUCUUCUCCCGGCAUCUAUGCCGAGGUCAUGGAAGCCCUCGAAUUUGAACCUGGCCUGUCAUUCCUCAAUAUGGGUUCCGGAACUGGAUAUUUCAGUACUGUGGUUGGAUUAAUUUUGGGCACAAAUGGCAUAAACCAUGGCAUUGAAAUUCAUGCAGAUGUGAUCGAUUACGCGAAUGAAAGGUUGGAAGAUUUCAAGAAACUUUCCGGAGCUAUAGAUGAGUUUGAUUUCUGUGAACCUAAAUUUAUCCAAGGUAAUUGUCUGACCGUUACUGAUGCAUGUGCUCCUCUGUAUGAUAGAAUCUAUUGCGGAGCCGCUUGCCCUGAGGAGUUUCAACAGUAUAUGCAAAACCGCCUUAAACUUGGGGGAAUUUUAGUGCUGCCAUUGAACGACCAACUGAUGCGGUUCAAACGGGAGUCCGUGUGUCAAUGGGAGGAAAAGUUCCUAAUACCAGUGUCCUUUGCUUCUUUAGUUCGGCCUACAAAAGGUUUUCAGGACUUGAAACCAAUUGAGGUUGCUCCAUUACCACUUCAGAUAUUAUGCCGCUCAGUGAUUCGAGACAUUCUUAGAAAGAACAUCGAGAAGGAGCACAGUCCUGUUAAAAAGCCUUCUCGCAUCAAGGUUACGAAGAAAUGCUUCAGAUACAGGGGCAGUUUGAGUCCGUUUUUUCCUAGGAUGGAUAGUUCUGAUCAAGAGCGGCAACUCUCAUUAACACAGAGAAGCAGUUCAAAUCCAAGUUUGCAUGGUGGAGGACUUGGAACAACGGAGCAAGUGGGCAAUACGGGGACUGAUGAACAAGGCACUGAAGAUUCAGCUAAUAACCAUAGGUUUCCACGUGGGGCAUCCAUUUAUGAACGCAGAUUAUGCGAUGUUGACCCCGACGACAUACCUUUGAUGAUAGAAUUAUAUGGCGAACAUGCUUUUAUAGACGCAGAUAUCAGCGAGGCCCUUGCUGUAAGACAUCAGCAUCAAAAUAAAACUCGGGCGGAUCUUGAACUGGCAGCUGCUGCAACACCUAGCACAAGUACCAGAACCUCAAACCAAAAUGGCAAACGUCAAAAAUGGGACAGCGGCCUUGAAGAGGAAAUAAUCGAAACGCACGAAUCGUCUGAUGAUGAAUCGAUGGGACUCGAUGCGAUUUUCAGCGGUGAUGAGGACGAUGUGUCGGAAAAACGGUUCAAAAGAGAUUCGAGUAGUGAAGAUAAAGAAGACAUCGCAGAUGCUUCCAAUGACAUAGAUUCGAGUAGUAAAGAUGAAGAGGAAAUCGCAGAUCGUUCCAAUCACAUAAUGAUGUAUCAAAGCCUGUAUACCCCACAUAUGGUUCAAAGGAUCCAGGAAUUGCCCUUACCUCCAAUGAUGAAAAAAUAUCUUAAUUGUAACAGAGAUAUGAACAUUGAAGAUGGUGAAUAAGUUUUUAACUUUGUAAAGUUAAAAGUUGUUAUGUAUUUCUAGUAUAUAAUAUACCAGAAUUACAUAAAACUUAAUCCGUUAAUUAAGUUAAUAUAUUAAUUAUUUUUAUCAAAAUAAUUGAUUGAUUAGGAUACUUUAGGAUUGUUUGCUGAAAUAGUGGUGAUCACACAGGUUAUUUAAAAAUUGUGUUCUUUGUAAGCAAGUGACUUGAAUAGUUACAUUUUGCGUUUUAUAUCAUGUAAAAUGAAAUGUUGAUCAAACGUAAUUACUAUAAUUUUAUAUAAUUAAAUCGACCCAGUGGGGAAUACAUCGUAUCUGAUACGAUACAAAAAUUUGAAGCUAAUAACUUGGCCAAUUUCAAUUAAACUAGUUGAGAGUGAUCUGACUAGGCAUAGGCAACACUGUGUUGAGUUAGGCUUUUAAUUUGUUGCGGCUCUGUGCGCUAAUGAGUUGUAACUCAUCGUGCCGCACCUGAACUGAACUCUUGGCAUUUAAGCCAAGAGUGGAUUAUUGUUUUACGAGGUUCGACACCGUUACCUGCAUUCUGAAACCUCCGUCCCAUGCAUCCGUUUAUGCGAUGAUACGAUGGUACGAAAAUGUUUCUAUUGGUCAGAGAUUUUAGACGUUCGAACGAUCCUGAUUUCUAGCUGUCCCAUGUAUAUACGAUAACCUGGGUUGUGAACGAUAACCAUGCUUGCCGGAUUCACAAUUUUAUCGUUACCAUACUGAAAUCCAACAACCUCGAGUUCAGUUCUACGGUUGAAAAAUAAGCAGCAAUAAAACCUAUCAAAGUUUUUUCUAUGAAAAUGUCAGGUCGUACAUGUAAUAAAACAAAAUUAUGAAUUGGCAUUCUAAAGAAUGUUUAAGAAAUAUAUGUGUUUUGAAUAUUCUGAUGAUGCAAAAUGCUAAAUAAUAUCCAAACAGAUGGAAGCUAUGGAUCCGGUCAAUAAAAUUGUGGAGGAACAUAUAAUUUGAGUGUACCUACAGUAUCAGUAAAAAAUCUCCUGAUAAACGGUAUAACGGCAAGAUAGAGGUUGUGAGAUUCUAGGAUACCACUCAGGGAUCGGUCCAAAUCGAUUAACAAACACUUGAAAUGAAAUAUUCGUUUAUUUCAUGUUAUGAAAUAUGGUCUGAAACCCCAAAUCUUUGUGUAUUUUAAUUUUCCCUGUUGUGCCUAAUCCAUAAUAAUAAAAACAGAAGCACUUUGUUAAUCCUAUUUUGUCGUGAAAGUUUAAUUUUCAUUAUUAAAACUGAUAAUAAAUUCAACAUAAAAUAUAAUAUGUAAACAAUGAAUAUGACGUUAAAAACUAUGCGACCAUCGUAUAGAGAUAAACAUUUUUUAACUUGAUAAGACGACGAACGAAUUGACAGACCUCCAACCAAUAGAAACACUUUCGUAUCAUCGUAUAAACGGAAGCAUGGAACACGGGCUUAAACCUAAAAAAAUAUCACCACAUUAAUAGAGAAAAUUAUUCUCUGUCAGACAGUCAGCUUAGUUACAGACUGAAUUUGGUUCGAUUGAGUUCUUGGUUACUUCACAAGAAAUUUGCAAGCUUGAAAUACAAGACGAAAUUUGAAUAGUAUGCAAGAUUAGGCAAAAAUGGUAUGCACGUUGCCACUUUCUCCCAUUUCUCAACAUCAAAUUGAGCACUUGAUAUAGCAUUGAAUGGCAUAUUUUCACAAAUUAAAGCAUGAUAUCUGGGGCCAGCAGAUGAAGAUAAAGAGAUGAUCAUAACUACAAAAUAAUAAAAUUAAGCUCCAAUGUAAA